CAAGAAAACAACGAUACUGACAAUUUAGAAGAAAGAGUGGAAACGGAAGAAGAUAACGAUAACGAGGCAGAGAAUGUUGAAGAGCAAGAACAUGACAUGGACACAAAUGAGAAAAAAAUUAUCGAAAAAAAGCAUCGCCCGAAAAUUCGGCCAAGAAUAGUUAAGGGAAAAACGAUUACGGAAGAAGAGUUUUACAGUCCGAAGGAGGCCCGAGUGACAGAGGAACAAUGGGAAGAUAUGAAGGAAGCGAUGGAACUGCUCGUUUCGGAUUGGGAGUUUAUCAUUAGUGAGGCUCGAACGGACAAACUUUUAAAGCAGCUACAACGAAAUGAGCGGGAAUUACUUCGAUUUGAAGGUGAUAGUAGGUUUCCUGCCACAGAAGUAAAUAAUUGGCUUCAAACUGUCCGUGGAUGGAUAAAUAAUUUACAUGGAGAAAUCAGUCUUUCUUCAGGUAAUAACAGAAAGCGCAAGGUUGAAAAAAGUCCUCAGUCUCAUGUGCGAACAAAGAAAUUGAGAUCCCGAACGGUCGUAAUCGAUGCUCCG